AUGAUAGGAAGGCUGGUACAAACUCUAAAGGAGCGGAAGGGUGAUAUUAUUUGUUUACAGGAAACCAAAUUGGACAAUACAAACUCUACCGAUGUGAAAAGUUUAUGGGGCAGCCCAUUUGUAGAUUGGGCAGUUUUGGAUGCAAUUCACACUGCCGGGGAUAUUUGGCUGGCAUGGGAUAGGAGGUUAUUUGAGAAAUUUGAUUUUUUUGUUGGUAGAUUUUCUGUUUCUGUUUUGUUGAAGGGAGUGGUAGACAGUUUUGAACGGGUGUGUUCAGGGGUAUACGGUCCAUCUGAUGACAGUGCUAGGAAUGAUAUGUGGGUGGAACUUGAUUCUAUGAGAUUGCGGUGGAGUUCGGCUUGGUGUUUGAUUGGUGAUUUUAACAUCAUCAGAUAUCCAGUAGGGAGAAUUGAUAGGUCUCUAAUUUCAGCUGAUUGGGAGAAUCAUUUUUUGGAAGUGAUACAGAAGUCUCUUCCUCGGGUGGUGUCAAAUCAUUGUCCUAUUUUAGUGGAGGCAGGAGGUGUGUUGAGGGGGAAGAGUGCUUUUAAAUUUGAAAAUAUGUGGCUAAAAGUGGAGGGUUUUGUGGAUCGAGUUCGGCAAUGGUGGAGGGGUUAUCACUUUGUGGGACCUCCAAGUUAUGUUUUAGCUUGCAAAUUGAAGGCUUUGAAAGGUGAUUUGAAGCAUUGGAAUAAGCAUGUGUUUGGGGAUGUGGCUUUUAGGAAAUGUCUUUUGACUAAGUUGUGGGAGCUUGAUAUACGUAUUAUUGAUGGCCUGGAGUUUGCUUGCUUGGAUGAAUCUAAGAGGCUAUCUUUAGAAAGGGAGUUCGAUAAGGAGGAGAUUCUUGCAGUUUUAAAGGAAGCUCAAGGCGAUAAGGCACCUGGGCCAAAUGGUUUUACUAUGGGUUUUUUCCAAAAGUGUUGCAGUGUGGUAGAAGAAGAUGUUAUGGCUUUUUUGUGGAUUUUCAUAGAACUUGCAUCUUUGAAAAAUCUCUUAAUGCCACUUUCUUAUGUCUGA